AUGGCAGGCAACGGAACUGGUGAAGAGCUAGAGAACAUCCUCCCGACUGAUGGAGGUUUCUCCUGGGACGAACUGUUCGUAGACAACGCCACGAAUGUGACGGGACAGCACGGGAUGCCGCGCCGGGAUUCGGACCCCGAGUUUCUGAACUACACGGCCCUGUUGUCCCUUCCGCUGAUCGCAGGGACGAUCUUCGGGAACUUCCUGGUGAUUAUGGCCGUGUACAGGGAGAAGAACCUGCGCUCCAUGACCAACUAUUUCAUCGUGAGCCUGGCUGUAACCGACGCCCUGAUGGCAGUUCUGGUCAUGCCUCUUGCCGUCUACUUUGAGGUGGUGCAGAGCUGGACACUGGGUUUCGUGAUGUGUGACAUCUUCGUGACGUUUGACGUCAUGUUCUGUACCGCCUCCAUCUUUAACCUGGUCGCCAUCAGCAUCGACAGACUUGAGAGCGGAGACUACGUGAUCUACUCUUCAGUGUGCUCGUUCUUCAUCCCCUGUACGGUGAUGCUGGUGCUCUACUACAAAAUACUUAAGAAAAUAAAAGAGCGUACGAAGAAGCUCGCUCCUAAGAGCACGAUGAGUUCCAACCCGUCCGCGCCGUCCGUCGGUGACACCAUCGCCAUGGACGAGCCGAGCGUUCCGCGCAUGCACAAGAGCGACACGCAGACAACCAACCUCGGCACCGACGACGAACUCCAGCCGAGCACGUCGUACGACAACAGCGAGGACCUCACGACAGACGUACGAAUCCCGGGACAACUGCACACGACCAACAGACCGUCGUGGACUUCCACGGGUAGUACAACAUUGGUGGACAACAGGAGAGGGCCCAGGGCAAGAGAGAAAGUUUCUCUCGCUGUUAUCAGAAGCAAGUUCAAGAUCAAGCCUAGAGACGACUUUCCGAACAAGCGAGAACAGAAGGCCAUCAAUGUUAUGAAAAUAGUUAUCGGCGUGUUCCUGUUCUGUUGGCUGCCAUUUUUCGUGGCGAACGUCCUGCAAGCCUGCCAAAGCUGCCAGGUCUCACCGACCAUGUUUUCUGUUCUCACAUGGCUGGGAUACGUGAACAGUGCUGUCAACCCUGUCAUAUAUACCAUCUUCAACCCCGAGUUCAAGAAAGCGUUCAAGAAGAUUCUGUUCUGUAGAGAACCUAGCAGGAGAGUUCGCUAG